AAAGACCAAUUGUACAGUUCUGGCGACUACUUUAUGAGACAGUACUCCCUCUGCACCUGAUUGAAGAGCGCGCUCGAUCAUGGCGGCGGAUUAGCUGGUAGGAGCCCAAAGACCGCGCCGCAGAUCAAGCCGAUAAAGGAGGCUCAUACAGUUCAGAAUUUGAAAAAUCGCACUGAGAGGAAGAUGGAGGCGGAGGUGGUGGAAGCGGAGAUCGUGCUGCCAAUGCACUUUAGGUUUAAGAAGAUACAGACAUAUGAAAAAUACCCGAAGGGCCAAUCUCGAGGAAGGUGGAAACAUCUCAAGCAGAUUCUUCAAGCCGAGAAUUUCCAGGAUUACCCCCCUGAUGAACCCAAUUAUGUCAAUAUCGAGUCACCGCCUUCGAUGCAACCAUGCAAGAGAAUUUGUGACAUAACUGGAUAUGAGGCCCCAUAUUUGGAUCCAAGAACAAAACUACGUUAUGCAAACACGGAUGUCUUCAAGACUGUAAGAUCCCUUUCUAGUGAGCAAGUGCAGCAGUACUUGGCGCUAAGGAAUGCGGCUGUUGUUCUCAAGUAGCGUCUCGUAGGUGUGAGCUAUGUAUUCCUAGAAUCUCAUUUUAGUUGAAACCAAAAUGUGCUGAAGAUGGUCGUGUUUUUUCCGGGAAGUUAUGUGUGCAAGCUACUUGUGUAAUAGAAAAAGGAGAGAUUUUUUUAUUAGAAUUAUUAUGUAUUGUUUUUUUAAGUCAUCAAUAACAUUUUAUAAAAGAUUUUGA